AUGCCGCGUCCGCGACGCACCGGUCGGGGUUUGAUCAGUCUCGACGAAUGGUACUUUGUCUCGGAGGCGAAGGAGGUGAAUGAAGCGGCAGAGAAGGCAUACCACCAGAUUGAGAGCAAUCCCAUGCGUGCAUGUGUGUUGGAAGUGGACGGUGAGAAUUUGCACUUCUGCCUGGAACCCAAGGAGGUGACCAACAGAGGCGAGGUGGAAGACUGCGCUGGCAAUUUAUCUGGCAUGUGCAGGGCAUGCACGGAGCGAAUUUCGAAGUUCGCGCAGCUGCUCGGCGAAGAGGGGAUGUACGUCGCCUUCAAUCAGGAAGUCACUGAGAAGAACGUGGAUGGAAUCCGAGCCAAUCGUGACCAGCAGGAGCGCAGCCCGGAAGUGUCAGCAUAUAACUUCAUCGUCGUGGACCGCGAGUUCGCGAUGAGGUAUCCUACGCUCCAGGGCGGUUUUCAGCAUGUGCACUUCACUUUCGAAGACCUCACGCCUCCUCACGUGGCAGCGAAGAUCAAGCAGCUGUCCAACUACAUGAACGGCUCCUUUGACAAUCGCUUCCAGAAGCUGAUCGACGACCCGGCUUCGUUGAACAUCAUCCAGGAGGAGAUUCCGAACCUUGUUCGACCGGACCACUGGAAGGCGGUCACAUCCUGGGCGGUGAACUUCGUGGCAAAGGCAGAAGGCCGAAAAUGGUCGGAGCUUCCGAUGCACAAGAAGUUCGAGAUCAUGGCCUUUGCCAUGCUUACUGGGCGUUCCCACGGCGCUAUCCACACUGACAUGCAGCAGGCCGGCAACUUGGUGGACUUCAUCACUGACGCCCACAGCAGGGCUGCACUGCGAGCGCUCAUGGACGACAGGAGCAAUCCGGAGACUUAUCAGGUUAGCCGUGUGGCUGAUCUCGACUUGCACACUAUGGUGGACGGUGUGGAGCUUUACUACAACAGGAAGGUUGUUGGAAAGUGCCAGCUUGACUUUGACGCGAACGCGCAGACUGUUGAGGCCUUCCCCGCCGAGAACAUCUCGCUGAACCAGCCAGGCACCUUCACCAUCAGGGUCAACAACUACCGCAACCGCGACUCUGCCAGCGUUCCCUUCCAGGUCACCGUCAAGAAGCCCGGCUCUAGCGAGGUGUACACAGACGUUUGGGACAAGAACCGUGCGCCAGGAAGCUUCAUGGAAAUCUGCACCGUGACUGUGACCCCCGAGGACCUGGUCGAGGAGCCCGUGGAGCUCUCAGCUGCAGAGCAGAAGCGCCUGGCCGCCAAAGAGGAGGAGUGGAUGCGCAUGGUCGGAGAGCCCAGGUCGGCAGUUGCCACCGACGCAAGCAUUGCAGACACCGGAGGCCACGAGAUGGUCUUGGUGAAGUCUGCGGCCUUCAGUAAGAGCAGCUGCGGCAGCGCACAGGCGGCAUUUGCUUCGAUGCUGACGGCGCCUGCGAAAGGAGAGGAUGGCAAGGCUUCGUUGGCGACUCGAUGCAAGCUUGGCAGCCUCUCUGGCUUGAUUGAGCACAUCUCCGAGAAUCCUUGCUCCUUGAUGGUUGACCCACGAAACUUUGUUCCGGGCUAUGUCACGCAUUUGCAGACAGAGACGGAUGUGCUCUUCGAGAACUUUGCCAUCAACGUCUACCAUCGGAAGAAUGAGCUGCCCCAGGCCCCAAGAAGCGACGAGCAGUCGACGGUCCGAUUCGAUGCAAGCUGGGGGGUAUCCAGCAUGGCAGCUGUGCAUGGUUUCAUCAAGUUGAAGAACAGAUGGUUCAUGGUGUUGAAGGGGGCCCAUCUUCCCAAGGAUCCCUCCUGGCCGCGGGGUGGAGGGAUGUAUCCUACCAAUCUGAAGCCUGAAGCGCACCACCACCGCAGCAAGUGGGUUAGCUUCCACGCCCUGGUGCUGCCCGAGGAGCCUGCAACCGGCGUGCCGCUCAUCGGCUCGGCACUGGUUGGUUUCCCAAGCUUCCGCUUCAUCCUCGACGGCAAGGAGAUCUCCGUUUCUGCGGAGUGA